GCAACGGCCGCAUCCCCUUCCUUCCUGGCUUCCACACGAUUCGGAGCAGCACCCGCACCCGCACCCGCACGGCAACCUGAGCACUACCACUGCGCCCGCCUGCCUUGCACGCACGCAGCCAUGUCCGCCCACCUCCGCCUCCUCCUCACGCCCGCGCCCGCCCCCGCCCCCGCCCCCACUUCCCUCCAGCUUCUCCGCCUCCGCCUCCCUCCUCCUCCCGCCGCCCGCGUUCGCUUGUCCCGGCCGCUGCGGCUCCAGGAGAGGCCGCGCUUCUCGCUCGCCGUCCGCUGCGCUGGCUCGGCGGUCUCGCAAGCCGGCGUAGGGGAGGGCCGCGUGGAUGAGGAGGCGGCGGGGCUAUGGGAGCAGGUGCGGGAUAUCGCCGUGUUCGCGGGUCCGGCGCUGGGACUCUGGAUCUGCGGCCCGCUCAUGAGCCUCAUCGACACCAUGGUCAUCGGCCAGACAUCCUCCCUCCAGCUCGCCGCGCUAGGGCCUGGGACAGUGUUCUGCGACUACCUGUGCUACAUAUUCAUGUUCCUCUCGGUUGCAACCUCCAACAUGGUGGCCACCUCUGUAGCUAAAAAGGAUGAAGAACUUGCACGACAUCAAGUGUCCAUGCUGCUAUUUGUCGCCCUUGCUUGCGGCAUAGGAAUGUUUUUGUUCACUAAGGUUUUUGGUACUCAGGUUUUGACUGCUUUUACUGGAUCAGGGAAUUACGAUAUUAUUUCUGCUGCCAAUACAUAUGCACAGAUAAGAGGCUUCGCAUGGCCUGCAGUUCUUGUUGGCUUAGUUGCUCAAAGUGCUAGUCUAGGCAUGAAGGAUUCUUGGGGUCCUUUGAAGGCAUUGGCAGCUGCUAGUGUUAUAAAUGGUGUUGGUGAUAUACUUCUUUGCUCUGUAUGUGGCUAUGGAAUUGCUGGUGCUGCCUGGGCAACUAUGGUUUCACAGAUUGUCGCAGCUUUCAUGAUGAUGCAAAAUCUAAACAGUAAGGGGUUUCGGGCUUUCUCUUUCAUGGUCCCCUCAGCAAGAGAGCUUCUGCAGAUAUUUGAAAUUGCAGCUCCUGUUUUUGUGACAAUGACAUCCAAGGUAGCAUUCUAUGCAUUGCUUACAUAUUCCGUGACUUCUAUGGGAGCAAUAACUCUUGCAGCCCAUCAGGUUAUGAUUAAUAUAUUAUGCAUGUGCACUGUUUGGGGUGAGCCUCUGUCACAAACUGCACAGUCAUUCAUGCCAGAGCUGAUAUAUGGUGCUAAUCGUAAUUUGAUCAAGGCAAGGAUGCUGUUGAAGUCACUUGUAAUCAUUGGAAUGAUAACUGGAGUGACUCUGGGGACAAUAGGAACACUUGUUCCAUGGCUUUUUCCUAGUAUCUUUACCAAUGACCAAAUGGUUGUCCAGCAGAUGCACAAAAUUCUGAUUCCAUAUUUCGGUGUACUGCUGGUGACUCCUUCAGUACACUGCCUUGAAGGAACAUUAUUGGCUGGAAGGGAUCUAAGGUAUUUGAGCCAAUCAAUGGGUGCAUGCUUUUGCGUUGGAACCCUUCUAUUAAUGCUUCUCCGCAACAAAUUUGGUAGCUUGCCAGGAUGCUGGUGGAUACUCGUCUUGUUUCAGUGGAGUCGGUUCGGAAGUGGUUUACAACGGCUUGUUUCUCCAACGGGCGUGUUGUACAAUGAAAACUUUAAUCAGCUUGAGUAUGUCAAGGCGAAGGCCACGUGAGGGUAUACCAUUGGCUGAGCUGCGGUGAUGACGAAGAUGCAAGGAGUUUCACCAACCUGGAAAGAUCAUUCUUCGUGGUCAUCCUUUAUUCAGAAGUUGGCCUAGCUCUACGAUUGGUGCGUGCGCAGGAGCGGCGGAUGAUAUUCUUUGGGAGCGAAGUUGGAUACUUGGCCAAGGAGAUUGGGGCUAGGAAAGUCCAUUUGGCUCUCUAGGUCUAGGGUAGAAUUCAUCAUGUUUUCAGUAUCUUUUGUUCUAGGAGUUAUGCCUCAGAUUCCUGGUACCGAGAAGGCUAGUGGUUCCAUUGUCAAACACUCAACACAGUAAAAGUGGAGUUAAGUGAGCCUUACAAAGCGAUUAAUUUCUUUUUGUUAAAUGUUAAAAAAUACAAGAUGGUUCACAUUAUUGAAGUUGUUCAGAAAUCUGGGAAA